AUGAGCAUCGCAGGACAGCAGUGUAGUGACUGCCGCAAACAAGACCAACCCUGCGACGCGUGCGUCACAAGAACCAACCAGGGGAGGAGAUAGUCUCGCACUAUCUUUGCAAACUUUAAGGCCGGCCUUGCGCACGAAACGCACCCGCUAGGUGGUGGCUCGCGGUAGGUCUACGGCGGUCACAUUAGCGUGACUUUCGUGAACGCAACGUAGCCAAAUUGCAGCAGCAUGCACACUGCGGCCGUGAGACGGGCAGGGCUGUUCGCAGCGAGGCCACCGCUGGCAACGCGGAGGGUUGCUGCGUCUCGGGCGAUGCAUUCGGUCCCUGCCCACGGCGCGCAGGGUCGAGGAGCUGUUUGCGUCGCCGCUAGGGAUGGUCGGAAAGAGAGGCAUACCGGGGGUGUCGUGGGGACUAGCUCUAGGGCUGCAGGGGCCCCCAGGCCACGGAAUUCGGUGGCUAUAACGCAACGCCACUUUAGCUCCGGACUGCCGGACCACGACGUCGUCGGCCUGCCCGCCCUCUCUCCGACGAUGGAGACGGGAACAAUUACGGAGUGGCUUGUAAAGGAGGGCGAUGCUUUUGCUGCGGGGGACAUUAUCUGCAUGGUGGAGACCGAUAAGGCAACCGUUGACUUCGAGGCGCAAGACGAGGCCGUCCUGGCCAAGAUCCUCGUUCCCGCCGGAACCCCCGAUGUCGCCGUGGGCACCCCGAUGAUGGUCCUCACGGAGAGCACCGACGACGUGGCGGCCUUCGCAGACUUCUCGGCGGGGGCCCCGGAGACUGAAACGGCCGCGCCGCCGGCAGCGGCGCCAGCGGCGGAGGUGGAAGUCUCGGCAGAGCCGGCCUCUGCGGCCCCUGCGACGCCGCCGGCAGCGGCGCCGGCCCCCGGGGGUAGGGUGGCGGCGAGCCCGUUGGCGAAGCACUUGGCGAAGUCGGAGGGGUACGAGCUGUCCGCCAUUGCAGGAACGGGUCCUGGCGGCAGGAUCAUCGCUGCGGAUGUCAAGGAGUUCGUGCCCGCUGCGAUGCCUGCGGUGGAGGCUCCCAAGGCCGCUGCGGCUGCGGCUGCGGCACCGGCGACGCCAGCUGUUGGGCAGCCCUCCCCGUCUGGCGACUUCGUGGACUACCCCGUGUCCGAACAGGCGCUUGCUAUCGCGCAAGGGCUGACUGUGUCCAAGCAGACCGUUCCCCACUACUACCUCACCGUAGACCUCAAGCUGGAGAAGCUCUUGAAGGUGCGCGAAACGUUGAACGAGGGCUUGCCAGAGGACGAGCACUUGUCGCUUAACGACAUGCUUCUUAAGGCGGCCGCCAUCGCUUCGGAGAAGGUCCCCGAUGUAAACGCCUCCUGGAUGGACACUUUCGUGAGACAAUACAACUCCUUCGACGUCAACGUUAUGGUGGGGGUCGGGGAUGGGCUGGUGGCGCCGGUGGUGCGGGAUGUCGGCCGCAGGGGCCUCAAGGCUAUCUCCAGCGACGUUAAGGCCUUGGCUAGCAGCGCGCAGGCUAUGGAGCUCGAGCCCCACCAGGUGGAGACGGGAACCUUCACCGUGACGAACCUCGGGGCCUACGGAGUCAAAAACUUCGCCCCCAUCGUGCGCAUGCCCCAGGCGUGUGCGCUGGCCAUCGGCGCCGCUGAGGAGAGGGUUAUCCCCAACGAGGAUCCCGACAGCGAAGAUAUAUACCAGCUCGAGACGAUGCUGUCGGCUACCCUGAGCUGCGAUCACAGGGUUGUGGACGGGGCAGUUAGCGCGCAGUGGCUGGCCGCCUUCCGAGGCCUAGUGGAGAACCCGCUCACGAUGCUCCUCUAGAUUUAUUGUCGCCGCAAUGCACUUGUUGGUAACGCCUACCGGUGCAUACAGUAGGUAGACCGAGUAGGGUUAGGACAGCCGUCUGGGGUAUAGGGAUGUGAGGUAUUUGGAGUUGUGUUGCGACAUUGUGCCGCUGCCGCUGCCGCGGGCUGGGGGGGGCGGGGGGGGCAUGUCCAGACCAGAGCGCCAGCUUGGUCUGGCAGAGUCGCAAGCGGCAUUGGACUUUCGUUAGGUGGUGGAGCAAGUGGGAACGAGAGCAGACAUUACUCUCUGUAUCGUGGUGUUCUAUGUUUGUAAGGGGGGGAUCAUCUCGCGGCUUCCAUCAACAAGAGAUGGGCAAGCUAGCUGACAUUGAAACCAAAGCGAGAUUCAGGAAUUCGGAGAAGCACAACCUUACUGCUUUCCAAUCAAUGGGGAUUGUAUCAAGGUGGGGAGUGGGUCACCCGGUUAUCCCUGCAUUCUCUUGCAGCAGACGGGGGCGCUACAUUUUUGCUGAAUUUUGUCAUCGAACAGCAACCAAGAACCAAGUUGACCCUCUUGCGGGUGCAGGGGAGGCUUUCUAGUUUUUUUUUGUUUUUGUCGGUGUUGUGAACCUCGCUGCUAUCUAUCGGUGCAAUCAUGACCAGGCGGCGACGGCGGGGGGCUUUUUUUUUGCCUUCCGCUGAUCAUUUCCACCUGUGUUUUGGAAAUGACGCUAGGAACACACCGAUGCCCCUUGUCGAUCCCCUCCUAUUCCUUUGCACUCGAGAAACGAACAGCGCCUGCAAGGGAAUAGCGAGGGCUUCUUGUUGCUUACCCGACAAGUGUACCGCAGUAGGUCUCACUGUCACGCCCUUUGACCAACAGGCCAUGCCGACCCCCUCCAGUCCUCGAGACGCUGUCACUCGAUAAUUUGGCUGUAGUAACUCGCACUCACACACUGCACUUCAGGCCCGGUGGCCCAAUAUCACGUCAACUCGGGGCGGGGAAGUACUCUUAUGUUUUGCAUGCCAUAGCAGUUAGACCAUUGACUACGCGUCCUCGAGAGGACGGAGCAUUGUUCCCACAGGACCGAUCACCGAUGGCCAAUCGUUCCUUUCUACUUUGCCAAAGGUGGCUAAAAAAUGUCUUCCCUAGUCUGUCUAUCCUAACGAUAUCCCUUCCCGCCUUUUCAACCCACCUCCUAUGCCCCAGUACAGCUACCGUCCUUUCCUCUCUAUUCCAUGCCUCAAACAUCUCCCUGUACGUUCCAUCUAUUUUUCCCAGCUCAGUCACGUACACUUCCCUCUCCUUCUUGUACAACGGACAUUCCGCGACUACAUGAACACGGUCUUCGCAUUCGAAGCCGCAAUCACAUUUGAACUCGUCGUCUUCCUCGUCUACCGUCCGACUAUGUCUUGGACGUUCUCGAAGGUCUAUUUCCCCGGUCCUGAAUUUGACCUCAAGCUUUGUUCCUGCAUCCAUUGGUGCAUGUAGGUUAUCGUUGAACCCUAUUCCUUCCUUCAAUAUUCCGUACACUUCUUGACCCUCCUUAUCCUUGGUUUAUUUCUUUAGGUUAUGUUCUCUCUCCGCACAAGCAACAGAUAUCUUCUCCUUGAACCCCUGUAGACCCUCCGUUUCCAGCGUUUCAUCUUCGUCGAUGUCGAGCCCCUUCCAUACGUCCUCUACAACCUUGACCCAUUCCGUGGGUUGUCUACCCCUCUUUUUGUUUGCCCACUUCGCCUCCCAUACAAUUCUCGGCAACCUCUCCUCUCCCAUCCCGCACAUGCGAUACUGCCAGGUCAGCUUCCUCGCGUCUCUUCCCGACCGUAGGGAUUGGAUCCCCAAUUCUGCCCUCACGGCUGCAUUACUUGUGCGCGUGGAGCAUCCUAGGAUGAUUUUCGCUGCUUUCAUCUGCGCCGCCUCGAGUUCUUUCACUACCUUCUUAUUUCCUUCCCAUACUACUCCGGCGUACUCUAGCAGCGGUACGAUUACGCUCUCCAAAACCGUCAAUUUGAUGCGUGUAUCGAGGUGCCGGUUUGCGAGUAUUGGAUGCAGCUUCCCUGCUCGUGAUUUGCCCUUUUCCGCUACCUUGGACAUGUGUGCAUUCCACGAGCAGUCUUUUGCGAUCUCUACUCCGAGGUAUGUGUACUGGUCCACUACUGCAAUCUCCUCGAUCCCCCACUUCCAUCUAUGUUCUACUGGUUCCUCCUUGUUCUCGUUGCAAACCAUGACGGCACUCUUCUGAACGUUGGCAGACAAUCUCCACUUAUCAGUAAACUUCUUCGCCGCGUCAAUUUGCAGUUGCAGUCCCUCAGGGGUGUCCGACAUACCGACAAAAUCAUCCGCAAACAGCAUUCCUGAGACUGAAGUUUCCGUGUCCCCUACUUGUACUCCCUUCCGGACUUCCUCUACGACUUCCAACAGAUCGUUGAUGAAUACCUGAAACAAUGUUGGGGACAGCGUGCAACCUUGUGGGACCCCCUGCUCAAUGGAAGAAUUUAGACAGUUCCCCGUCUAGCAUGACCGCGCUUUUCAUACACUCUGUCAUCUUCUUCAGCACUCUCCACAUUUUCCCCUUGAUCCCGUAUUUGGACAGUUGUUUCCACAACCCAUUUCUCCAUACGGUGUCGUAUGCCUUUUUCACGUCCAGGAAGAAGCAGUACGUCGGCUUUCCCGCCCUCUUUCUACCUUGGAUGAUUCUCCCUGCCGUAAAUACGUGGUCUACAGAUACCCACUUCUUUCGGAAACCUGCCUGGCCCUCACUAAUGCUAUGUUCCUUCUCCAANCAGCACUUUCCACAUAUUCCCCUUGAUCCCGUACUUGGACAGUUGUUUCCACAGUCCAUUUCUCCANUACUUUUCCUACUGUGUUGAACAGUGUGGUCCCCCUGUAGUUUCCUGGGUCAGUCUUGUCUCCGUUCUUCAACAAGUGCACAACCACUCCUUCCCUCCAUCUACUUGGCGUAUUCUCGUUUUUCCACACCCAAUUGUAUAGCAGUACC